AUGCGGCUGCUUCGCGCUGAGGGCCUCGCUGUGGCCCUACGAGUCGCUCUACUGCUCUGGGGAUCAUAUCAAGACGUGCACAGCGCCGUGCGAUACACCGACGUCGACUACUUCGUCUUCUCGGACGCGGCGGCAUGUCUAGUCGACCUAGCACGGCAACACUGCGGGAGGGCAAAGGGUGUAUGGGCGCCAGAAUGGCUUGGGAAUCCUUACGCGCGGGCGACAUACCGGUACACCCCGCUCCUCGCCUUCGCACUUGCGCCCAACUCGCUCGUCCAUCCCGCCUUCGGCAAGGUCCUCUUUGCGCUCUGUGACCUCCUCGUCGGCGUGAUGCUGUACAACUUAAUGCGGAGGCGGGGCGCGAGCCAGAAGUACGCCGGGAGGGCGGUCGCGGCGAUAUGGCUGCUGAACCCGAUGAUUGCCAACAUCUCAACGAGGGGGAGCAGCGAGUCGAUCGUUGGCGCCCUCGUCGUCGCCGUAUUGUCGCUGGCGAACGAGGGACGGUGGGAUGCGGCUGCGGCGGUGUUUGGAGCAGCCGUGCAUGUCAAGAUCUUCCCGUUCAUGUACGGCUCGAGCCUCGUCGCGGCGCUGUACUCGUCGACAGGCGACAAAAAGGUCGCCAUGACACGCCUCGUACGCUUCGGCGUCCUGAGCUUCACCUGCUUCAUGCUGCUGAACGCCGCUUGCUUUGUCCUCUUUGGCGAGCCAUUCCUACAAGAAACGUUCCUGUACCACCUCUCUCGCCUCGACCACCGACACAACUUCUCCCCCUACUUCUACCCUUACUACCUUUCCCUCUCUCCCUCGCCCCAGUCCACCUCUUCGCCGCUGCAACUCCUCGCACGCCACCCGCUUGCCGCCUUCCUGCCUCAACUCAUCCUCUCCCUCGGUCUCGGCUUCCUCUUUGGUGCGCAAGACCUGCCGUAUGCCUUGCUGGUCCAGACGUUCGCCUUUGUCGCAUUCAACAAAGUCUGCACCUCGCAGUACUUCCUCUGGUUCCUUUGGCUCCUGCCGCCAGCGCUCCCUCGCCUUUCGCUUUCUCUCCCGCGGACGAUUCUAGCAGCGGCGCUCUGGGUCGCAGGACAGGCAAUCUGGCUCUCGCAAGCGUACCGGCUCGAGAUGCUCGGCGAACCAGUCUACCGGGAGGUCUGGCUGGCAGGAAUCGUCUUCCUGGUGAUACAGACGUGGGUACUGAGGGAGCUACUGGUCGCGUAUACGGGUCCUGGGCGAGGAAGGCGGGAAGGAGGAGGGGACAAGCGAGGGAAGGAGCUGUAG